UCAAACGAAUGAAAUUUGAUUGCCUUGAACGAAAUAACACGUGCAUUUUUGACCGCUGCAUCUCGCGAAUCUAUUUUUUGCAACACGCAGCAUUUCCGUUUAGCUGCAGUAGCAAGUUUUUUGAGAUUCUGUUAACUUUUCAAUUGAAAAUGUGAACAAAGCCACAGUAAAUACACUUCAAUUCCGUGCUAAAUAUUUGAAUACAGAACGCAACAAACUCCAACAAAAGCAGAGUAAUAUUUAUCCCAUCUGGUGUUAAAGUGUGAUUUGUGAAUAAAAAUAUUAAAAGUAAAGUGAGGGUUAAGGAAAUAAUUGUUGAAAAAAUUUGUGAAAGUGUAAUCCGUUCGAAAUUUGUUUAGAAGAAAAUGUUGGAAAAUCGGGUGUUGCGCUACACUUUUUAUAGCCUGACUGCAGGCAUAUCGACAGUGUUGUUGUCAGAAAUUGUAUAUCGUGGCUAUUUGUACGUGCGCGAACGAUUGUGGCGUUGCGAUGCAUCUGACGACGAAGUGGCCGAAGUCAUCUGGACGAAUGAGCUGACACAAGGUUGUGCAGGUGGACACAUACUGAAAUCUCCAUCUGAGCGCAAGAGCCCUACGCAAGAGAGCCCUACAAGUGGCAUGGUCGAGAAUGGGCAUAUUGCCAAACUACCAACUCCAACUGCAAGUGCUAGUCCUUCGUGUAAAAAUCGCUUUUGUGCUGCUAACAAUGUCGGCCGACUAAUUUCGUUAAUUGAUAAAUCUAAAUAUACAAUUGAUCUGGCCAUGUAUACGUUUACAUCCUACGAUCUGUCGCAGGCAUUUCUGCGAGCUAUUCGCAGAGGAGUGUCUGUGCGCAUCAUAAGUGACAACGAAAUGGUGUACUCCAGUGGCUCACAGAUUAUAGCAUUGACGAAGGCAG